GAGCGUUGUCCGUGGGGCCUCAGCCGUGUGUCCUCGGCCGCCGCCCCCACUGCCGCGCCGUAUCCGCCCCUCGCCUGCCUUUAGAGGGUGCGGGCGACAGUGGGGCCUCGGGUGGUCGCGCAGCCGCCAAGCGUCUCCGCCGAGCCGCCUUUUGUAGCUGGCGGCUCUUCUCUGCCGGGGCCGGGUCGGGGAAGAAAAUGGCGCCGGCGCCCCGAGGCGUCCGGGAGGAGCCGCUGCUGGAGUGUGCGUCGGGACCGCUUUCCCGGCUCCUCUUCCUCGCCCAGGCGGUGCUCUUCCUGCUGCCGGCCGCCCGGGCAGGUGUCUGCCCCGCGCUCUGCUCCUGCCGCAUCCCUCUGCUGGACUGCAGUCGCAGGAAACUGCCCGCCCCGAGCUGGAGGGCGCUGUCGAGCCCGCUGCCCCCUGACGCCGCCAGCCUGGACUUGAGUCAUAAUCGGUUGUCUACCUGGAACAUCAGCUUGGAAUCUCAAACAUUACAAGAAGUGAAAAUGAAUUAUAAUGAGCUAACAGAAAUCCCAUAUUUUGGAGAGUCAACUUCUAAUAUUACUCUACUCUCAUUAGUCCAUAAUAUAAUCCCAGAAAUAAAUUCAGAGACAUUCCAGUUUUACUCUGCUCUCGAGAGCUUAGAUCUCAGCUCAAAUAUAAUAUCGGAAAUCAAGACAUCUUCAUUUCCUCGAAUGCAGCUUAAAUAUCUGAAUUUGAGUAAUAACAGGAUAACCGUCUUGGAGGCUGGUUGCUUUGAUAAUUUAUCGAGUUCCUUAUUAGUGGUAAAGUUAAACCGGAACAGAAUUAGCAUGAUUCCACCCAAGAUCUUCAAGCUACCUCACCUCCAAUUCUUGGAGCUUAAAAGAAACAGGAUUAAAGUUGUGGAAGGUCUAACAUUCCAAGGGCUUGACUCCUUAAGAUCUUUGAAAAUGCAGCGGAAUGGAAUUAGCAAACUUAAGGAUGGAGCUUUUUUUGGCUUGGAUAACAUGGAAGAAUUAGAUCUGGAGCAUAAUAACCUUACAGAAGUGAACAAGGGGUGGUUGUAUGGCUUGCGAAUGUUACAACAGCUCUAUGUGAGCCAGAAUGCUGUUGAAAGAAUCAGCCCUGAUGCAUGGGAGUUCUGCCAGAGACUGUCCGAACUUGAUUUGUCCUAUAACCAGUUGACCCGCCUGGAUGAAUCUGCUUUUGUGGGUCUGAGCCUACUGGAGAGAUUGAAUUUAGGGGACAACAGAGUCACUCACAUUGCUGAUGGUGUCUUUAGGUUUCUUUCCAAUCUUCAGACACUAAACUUAAGAAACAAUGAAAUUUCAUGGGCCAUAGAAGAUGCUAGUGAAGUCUUUGCUGGACUCACAAGUCUCACUAAAUUAAUCUUACAAGGAAAUCAGAUUAAGUCAAUUACAAAGAAAGCAUUCAUUGGUCUUGAAUCCCUGGAGCAUCUAGAUUUGAACAACAAUGCUAUAAUAUCUAUCCAAGAAAAUGCUUUUUCUCAGACUCACUUGAAAGAACUGAUUCUGAACACAAGCACUUUGCUCUGUGACUGCCAUUUGAAGUGGUUGCUUCAGUGGCUGGUUGAUAAUAACUUUCAACAUUCUGUGAAUGUAAGCUGUGCACACCCUGAAUGGCUAGCAGGGCAAAGCAUCCUGAAUGUGGAUCUGAAAGAUUUUGUCUGUGAUGAUUUUCUGAAGCCACAGAUAAGAACACAUCCUGAAACUACAGUGGCUCUAAGAGGCAUGAAUGUGACUCUGACGUGCACUGCAGUGAGCAGCAGUGAUUCACCCAUGUCCACUGUGUGGCGCAAAGACAGUGAAAUCUUGUAUGAUGCCGAUAUUGAGAAUUUUGUUCGUUAUCAGCAGCAAGCUGGAGAAGCUCUGGAGUAUACUAGUGUCUUACAUCUUUUCAGUGUGAAUUUCACAGAUGAAGGAAAAUACCAGUGCAUUGUUACUAAUCACUUCGGUUCUAAUUAUUCUCAUAAAGCCAAACUGACUGUGAAUGAAAUGCCAUCUUUUCUGAAAACGCCAAUGGAUCUAACUAUUCGCACUGGUGCCAUGGCCAGAUUAGAAUGUGCUGCAGAGGGGCACCCUGCACCUCAGAUUUCCUGGCAGAAGGAUGGUGGUACUGACUUCCCUGCAGCUCGAGAAAGACGCAUGCAUGUCAUGCCUGAAGAUGAUGUCUUCUUCAUUGCAAAUGUGAAAAUAGAAGACAUGGGAAUCUAUAGCUGCAUGGCACAAAAUAUAGCAGGAGGCCUCUCAGCAAAUGCCUCCCUAACAGUGUUAGAGACACCCUCAUUUAUUAGACCUCUGGAGGACAAGACAGUAACCCGAGGUGAAACUGCAGUAUUACAGUGCAUAGCUGGAGGGAGUCCUGCCCCUCGCCUCAAUUGGACCAAAGAUGAUGGACCACUGCUGGUGACAGAACGGCACUUCUUUGCUGCAGCCAAUCAGCUUCUCAUCAUUGUAGAUGCUGGGCUAGAAGAUGCUGGGAAAUAUACUUGUAUUAUGUCUAACACCCUUGGGACAGAACGUGGUCACAUUUACCUAAAUGUCAUUUCAUCCCCUAAUUGUGACUCUUCCCAAAGUAGCAUUGGGCAUGAAGAUGAUGGCUGGACCACAGUUGGCAUUGUCAUCAUUGUUGUAGUCUGCUGUGUUGUGGGCACCUCUUUGAUCUGGGUCAUUGUUAUUUACCACAUGAGAAGGAAAAAUGAAGACUAUAGUAUCACAAACACAGAGGAGCUUAAUCUGCCUGCAGACAUUCCCAGCUACUUGUCAUCCCAAGGAACACUGUCUGAGCCGCAGGAAGGCUACAGCAACUCUGAGGCAGGCAGUCAUCAGCAACUUAUGCCUCCUGCCAACGGAUAUUUACACAAAGGCGUUGAUGGUGGCACUGGUACCCGGGUUAUCUGCUCAGAUUGUUACGACAAUGCCAACAUCUACUCCAGGACCCGAGAAUACUGUCCGUACACCUAUAUUGCCGAGGAGGAUGUUCUAGAUCAGACGCUGUCCAGCCUCAUGGUCCAGAUGCCCAAAGAGACAUAUUUGACAUAUCCUCCCCAAGAUGCUACGACCCUGGAAAGCCUGGUAUCGUCAGCAGAUGGAGAGAUGUCUGCCUUUCCCACCAACCAUGAGAGGAUAAAUGACAAGAAACUUUCAUCCUCACAGAUGAGCAGUGAAAUACUGCAGCGGCCUCUGUGGAACAUAAGCAAAGAAUUAAGCCUGCCUCAUGCUCCCUUUUCCCAGCAGCCAGUCCUUGAGUCACCACAACUCCGUCGAAAUGAGGGCCUGGCAGAGAGUGAUCCAGACUGUUCUGCUUCCCCCAUGCCCUGUCACAGGUUACACGACCACGCUUUUGAUUUUAGUAGGACUCAGAACGUUCAAGACGGUAGUGAGGGCACAUGAAACUUACUCCAGGAUGAAAUCUGGGCAAAGACUCAAGUAAUUUUAUAUUUACUACCUCAGAGUUCAGCAGAAACCCCCAAGUCAGCAUGUGCUUUACUCUUUGUCUACAAUUACAUCUGACCACACCAGGGUGGGCCAGGCAUUUGUUUGGGCUUAUAUCUGAUGAAGAAGGGUAACGGCUGACAGAAAUGAGUAUAUCAAAUAAAAAAUGUGCAGCAUGGGCACAGGAAGAUACAGGACAGACGUGCUUCCUGUGGGUUCCACGGCAAAAUGCCCAGGUGUGCACUGCCUAUUAGGAAGAGUCUGAUUGUCUCAACCCGCUGAAUGAUCCUGAGAAGACAUCACUGUUCUAUUUUGCCUUCCUAGGAACAAAAGUAACUUGGGAACCUUCUAAGAAGUGUGCCUGGGAUUCUUCGCUGGUUUUAAGCAUAUAGUUAAGACCGGGGCUUUGAUAUUCAAGGUCUUUGACAAGAAUCCCAAGGUUGACCAACUGUUACCAGGCCAAGGGGUUUUGUAUUCUUGUGAAUCUUUUUUUUUUUUUUUUUUUUGGUCCCUGUUGACCAGGCAUCUCAUUGUAAAUAUAUGUGCAUUUAUAAAUAAUUUUUGUAUUCGUUGACUUUAUGUGUUGGCUGCAAUGUAAACAUUUUUGAUAUGCCAAAAUUAUAUGUAAUAAUCCAGUUGUAACACUGACAGCAGCUUCUCAGACCACAGACAGAUUUUGUAUAACUUGGUUUAGUGAGAUCUAAAGACUUUUAACUUUUAAAAACAUAUUUGUUAAGAAGUAUGUGUAUAGAGGCAGGGUACCUAGUGAUUGCGUACACAGAAACACAAUCUUGGUGUAAUUAACCACUUUCUUCAUACCCAAAGGUUCGUACAUCUAAUCGUUUGCCAUCUGCUUACAAGUGCCAGCUGAUACCACCUUUCUAGCAUAAAAUAGCUCUUUUAAAAGCCUAGCAGUCUAGUCAUAGCCAUAUACAACUAGAUAGAGGAAAACUUGUUUGGGGAGUGUCUUCUUUCAGCAAAGUACUUAGUUGACGAGUAAGCCAAAGAUUGUGUCUUUUCUGUUUGUUUUUUGUAAUAUCUCUUCCACCAAUGCACAGUAUAUCUUAAGAAGGGAAGAGUGCUUUGGGGAGUGGAAGAAUGUGCAGAAAUUCUUAUACUAUGAAGCUUUGGAGUAGUCCUUGUUUUGUACAAGUGAUUAUUUAAGCCAAAAACUUUUCUCCAAUUUCUGAUAGCAAAAAGCCUUGAGUAAACAAAGGACUUAACACUCUAAUGGAAUGUAAUGGACUGAAGUUCUUCUUUCUUCGUGCUUUUGGAUUUCCUUACAUAGGCUUUCACAUUCUGUCUUCUAAAUCUAGUAAGUGCUAGUUAGUUACUAGAUAACUUCCAUCACUUAAAUGAAAAUAUCUAAGUCAUUGUGCAUUUCAAGGGUUCUAAACCCACCUAAUUCCUUAGCUUUUUUCAGGAAAAUUAGCUGAAUUUGAUACUAGUUUUCAAUCCUAAAUUUUCUCCCAUAGGCAGCAGCACUUCUUUGUCUGUUUUGUACCACCAUGCCUUUUCUUUUUCUUCUUGGUUUUUUUUUUUUUGGUGAGCAAGAUUGUCCCUAAGCUAACAUUUGUGCUAGU